AAAAAGAAAUGCAAGCAUUUUCCAGUCCCUCAUGCUUUCUACCUAUCUGCAAAUGCAUGUUGGCUGCAAAAAGCAAAACUGAGCCACAAAUGGGAGGAAAUGGUGUAAAGAAGACUCUUCUGCACAGAUAUUUCCUAGGUCCAAAUAAUGUGUCAUCUCUGUCAAGAGAGGAGAGCCAUUCAAUCAUCUAGUUCAGGGUAGAAAACGUGUGACCCUGCAGAAGCUGGACUACAACUCCCAUUAGCCCUAGACAGCAUUGCUGAUGGUACAAGAUGAAAUGUCAUAGCCAAACAUCUGGAGUUAUACAUUCCGUAUUACUUUCAUUGGUUCUAGAACUAGAAACUGCAUCAUCACAAAGAUUUACUGGUCCAAACUCAGAAUUCUGGAUUUCAUUUUCCUCAGACAUAGGAUUCACAGUGAGGCAUUUUCUUUCUUAAAAUGGGCAAUCUGAUUGGAGGCUCCUCCAGGCAGAAUAACAAGCUGUCAAAGAAACCACGUGGAAGAUGGACGAGACAUGAUACACUGAAUGAAGAUCCUGAAACGAGUCGAGAGACAACAGGAUGGUCUUCAAGCAAGAAUCAAAGAACUGAGGAAAGCAAUAAUAAAGCUGCUCUUCACCUCAAACUAAAGGAAGACUUCAACAAGCUGCGGCCUCUGUUCCCUACCCCUGACUACCAUCCUCUUCAUUUAGCAAUUGUCACCGGAUAUCCUCACAUCAUACCAGACUUGCUAAAGCGUGGGGCAAAAAUAAAUGACAAAGAUAUGGCGGGACGAACAGCUCUCCAUCUGGCGUCCGAAGUGCUCUACCUAGAGGCAAUGACACUUUUACUCGGCUGUGGAGCCAGCGUAAACCUCACAAUCCCUGCCACAAGAGAAACAGCACUCCAUUUAGCAGUCCGGUCUUCCUCUUGCAAGGCCGGGACCCUUUUAGCGGCAGGUGGCAAGUGCGUUGAGUUGCUGUUGCUUAAUGGGGCAAACAUACACAUGAGAGACUGGAAAGGACAAGAAGCUAUUCAUACAGCUUGUCGAAAUGGCAGAGAAGAGAUCAUUAAGCUUUUGUUCAAUUAUGGGGCAGAUGUGAACUCUUUAACCCCGGAAGAGGAGUCUCCACUGUUUCUGUUCCUUGAAAAAACAGGCAAUUUAAGGAAGCUAAAUGUGCUGAGGGAGCUGCUACGCCUAACCUAUCCUUUGAAAUUAAUGAAUUCCGAAGGCCAUCUCCCCAAAGCGCUGUACAAUCCCAGCUGUGAGCUACUGCAUGACCUGCUCAGGGAUAUGGCUGCGGAAGUCUGGUCCUUGCAGGACAUUUGCAAAUUCAAUGUCAGGAACGUAUAUAGAGGAGCCAUGAUAUGCUGGCUAAAAGAGAGGAUUCCAACCCAGUUGUGGAACUCCAUAUACAUUCGUCAAGAAUAUUCAUAUGCUUCAAAAAUGAAAUGAUUCCUUUACUUGAGGCCCAACACCCAUUCUGGAACAUCAUUAUACCAGAAUAGUAGAAACUGAGUUCCAAUAUGCUAGCUAAAUAAAUGAAUGUAGAAUUGACUGUG